AUGCCUCGCCGACUGUCGAAUAACCUCUUGAGUAGUUCGCCCCCGAUCCCGUGGCCGUCAUUCACCUCCUCUGAGAAGAGCGUCAAUAAGCCUGUGCCUGUUCCUGUGCCUGUGAGCAGGCCGAGCAAGAUCGCGCAGUUCUUUUCAUCUACACCGAAAGACAAAGACAGGUACAACAGCGCUGCAGCAGCAUUGCUAGCUGCGAGUAAGGCUCAAGAGCAGGCAUUUCUGAACUCGAGCCCAACCACCAUCAGCAAUCCUACCCUGUCUUUGCCCACCAUAUCACUAUCUACCGCUCGUGCUGACUCUUCGAACAUGGACGAACCACCCACCACGCUAUUCCAGCCCUUAGCGCCUGCCGAGGCACGAAGAUUACAGAGACAAUAUGCGCAGUUCGGUCCGUUGAACUCGCAGUCCCAUCGAUACACCAGCAGACAUACCGGUGGGGAGUUUUCUGAGCCCAUCAUGGACGAGCCGCCAUACUUCUACCUCCUGACAACCUACAUAUCCUACCUCAUUCUCAUUAUUUUUGGUCACGUAAGAGAUUUCUUUGGCAUGAAAUUCAAGGCAGACAAUUACCGACAUUUAAAGUCGCGGAACGGCUAUGCAGCCCUGAACAGCGAUUUCGAUAACUUCUACGUAAGAAGAUUGAAAAUGCGGAUCAACGAUUGCUUCAACAGACCCACAACUGGCGUACCUGGCAGGUACAUCAAUGUCCUCGACCGAACCUCGAACGAUGGCAAUUACCAUUUUCAGAUGACUGGAACGACGACCGAGACUUUGAACAUGAGUUCCUACAACUAUCUGGGCUUUGCUCAAUCCGAGGGUCCCUGCGCAGAUUUUGUCGAAGAGAAGGUGCGAAAAUACGGCUUGUCAAGCUCGAGCACUCGUGCCGAUGUUGGCACGUCGGACCUAUGUGUCGAGGUUGAACAACUGAUUGCCGAGUUCGUCGGCAAGGAGUCGGCUAUGGUCUUUUCCAUGGGCUUUGUCACCAACGCAUCUGCUUUCCCUGCAUUAGUGGGAAAAGGGGACCUGAUCAUCUCCGACGAACUCAACCACGCCUCUAUCCGUUUCGGUUCGCGCCUAUCUGGUGCUAUGAUAGAGUCCUUCAAGCACAACGACAUGAAGGCUCUAGAGGCCAAACUCCGAGAAGCUAUCUCACAAGGUCAACCCAGAACUCAUCGACCAUGGAGGAAGAUUCUGGUGGCUGUGGAAGGCUUGUACUCGAUGGAAGGCACAAUGUGCAACCUGCCAGGACUGAUCAGACUCAAGAAGAAAUACAAGUUCAACCUCUUUGUGGACGAGGCACACUCCAUUGGUGCACUCGGUCCGCGUGGCCGAGGUGUAUGUGACUACUUUGGUAUUGAUCCUGCUGAGAUCGACAUCUUGAUGGGCACUUUAACAAAGUCCUUCGGUGCCAAUGGUGGGUACGUUGCAGGUGACAAGGCUCUUAUCGACAAGCUCCGUGUGUCUACCGCUACCACUGUCUAUGGAGAGUCCCCAUCACCUGCCGUCCUUGCACAGAUCCUGUCAGCUCUCCGGCUUAUCAACGGUGAAAUCAUCCCUGGUCAAGGAGAGGAGCGCCUGCAAAGAAUUGCUUUCAAUUCCCGGUACUUGCGACUUGGUCUCAAACGACUGGGCUUUAUCGUAUACGGCCACGAUGACUCUCCGAUUAUUCCUGUCUUAUUGUACCAUCCAGCCAAGAUGCCUGCCUUCUCGCACGAAAUGCUGAAAAGAAAGAUCUCGGUCGUGGUAGUUGGAUAUCCUGCCACACCACUGAUUUCUUCGAGAGCACGAUUCUGCGUAUCUGCUGCCCACAACAAAGAGGAUAUGGACCGACUGCUCUCUGCUUGCGAUGAGAUUGGCAACGUGCUACAACUCAAGUUCGCCAGUGGUAUUGCUGGUGGAGCUUCGCCACUACCAGAUAGUGUCACACCAGAAAUGGAAAAGAGCAGAAAAGCACUGGAGAAGCACGACAAGAUUGCCAAGCAAGCAGUUAGCCGGCCGAACUGGACCUUCGACGAGCUUGUGAGAAGAGGUGUGCAAGACGUCAAGGUUCCGUUGAGAUGA